UAAGUACUUGAUUCGAGGCUUGUGAGUAUUUGCUUGGGAGUUUAGUAGUUUGGAUGGAAAUGGAGACUCCAAGGAGCAGUGAAACCAGAUGGUCAAGGGUGGCUUCAUCGCUCCCUGUCAGGAAUGUACAAGAUCUCGCAACAUGUUGUGAGGGGUUGACAGAAGAGACUCUCAAAAGGUACAUCCGACUGGACACUCAAGACAAUGAAGUCCUUUCCGAGCAAUCCGGUGAGGUUCCGGUGAUCGACCUUGGUAAGCUCUUCAAUCCCGACUUUGCAGAAGAGGAGUCUGCUCGCCUCAGAUUUGCUUGUGAGGAUUGGGGAUUUUUCCAGAUUGUAAAUCACGGUAUACCUGACGAGGUCAUUGCAAGUAUAAGAAAUGACAUCGAGAAGUUCUUCCAACUUCCCCUCGAGGUAAAGAGUGGCUAUGCACAGCUUCCCGGAGACCUUCAAGGCUAUGGCCAAUCGUUUGUUGUGUCGGAGAGUCAAACACUUGACUGGUCUGACAUGUUUGUCAUCAUAGCUCAUCCACCUCAGGCCCGUGAUAUGAGGUAUUGGCCUGUUCAACCGCAUACUUUCAGGCAAUCCAUUGAAGAGUACUCUUCAGAGUUGAUGAAAACUGCACAUUCUAUUGUAACUGUCAUUGCAAAAACAUUAAAUAUUGAUCUCGGACUGAUGAACGACAAAUAUGCGUGUCAAUAUUUGAGGAUGAAUUACUACCCUCCAUGCAUGACCAUGGCCGAGAAGGUUUUGGGCUUCUCGCCCCAUUCAGAUGGAUCUUUUCUAACCCUCCUUUUAGAAGUUAAUUCAGUUGAAGGCCUUCAAAUCAAAAGGUACAAUGCAUGGAUUCCUGUGAAACCAAAUCCCAAUGCAUUGUUGGUGAAUGUGGGUGAUUUUCUUGAGAUUAUGUCGAAUGGAAAAUAUAAGAGUAUCGAGCACAGGGUUACAAUAAAUACAAAUAAGGAACGGUUGACCUUAUCUGCAUUCCAUGUUCCUUCACUUGACGGAGUAGUUUCACCGGUUACGAGUAGGGCUGAAGAGAAGGCCCUGUACAAGACAGUGGGAGUAGAAGAGUAUUCAAAACUCUACAUGUCCAACAAAUUAGAUGGUAAGACAGCCUUGGAUCAUGCAAAAUUACUCUAGUUAAAAGGUCAUUUGGCAGACAUAUUACUCAUGUACGGUAUUUAUAAUGGACUUUGUUUCGUACUAAUUGUUAUGAGCCUAAAAUUUUAAGGUGA